UUUCUACAAAAUGAUUUUCAUUUGGAUUUUAAUAUUUAUUUUAACAGAUAAAACAAGCUUAAUCGAAGGAAAGAAAGGUUUCGGUGACGGCGAGCAGGAUUGGGGCUAUGUAACAGUGCGUCCAGGUGCUCACAUGUUCUGGUGGCUUUAUUACGUUAAUCCCCCGCGACUCAAUAACUCAGAGUUUAAUGUAUUCGAUAAGCCGCUGCUAAUCUGGCUCCAAGGAGGCCCGGGGUUCUCGUCGACCGGUCUUGGGACCUUCGAGGAAUUGGGCCCGCUGGACGUAAAUCUCAUGAAGCGCAACUACACCUGGAUUAACAACUACAACAUUCUCUUCAUCGACAACCCGGUAGGCGUUGGCUUCAGUUACGUCGAGGAAGACAUUCUUUACGCCGAGAACACAACCCAGAUCGCCCAAGACCUUGUUCAGUGCAUCAGCCAGUUUCUUCAAGUGAUUCCGCAGUUCAAAAAUGUUUCCACGUACAUCCUUGGUCAGUCUUACGGUGGGAAAAUGGCCGUCGAGUUUUCCUUCCUGUGGUACAAAGCGCAAGAAAGUGGAACAAUUGAGAGCAAGUUGAAAGGAAUAGCGUUAGGAAACGCGUGGAUUUCUCCCAUUGACUCAGUGAUAUCUUAUGCGCCUUAUUUACUUUACUCAGGUUUAAUAGAUACUCCUGAUUACAACAAUUUAAAAAUAGUUAGCAAUUUGAUUAAAAAAGCUGUGGAAAAUAAUAAUUGGUUAAAAGCGUCGCAAUUGUUUAAAUUUUUAGUGCACGCAAUAGAUAAAAAUAUUGAUUUAUAUUAUAUAACAAGAGAAAAACAACUUACCGAUGAAAGUCACUUUUAUCACUAUAAAACUUCUUUUGGAAAUCGUGAGCCAUCCUCGAGAUCUCCGUUGACUUUUGCAUCUAAAAUUUACAGUAUUAUGAAUGGAGAAGUUAAACAAGCACUAAAUCUUAACAACUCAUGGAUUUUUUGCUCAUACAAAGUUAAAGAUGCAUUGAAAAUUGAUUUAAUGAAACCAGUUACUCAUGUUGUCGAAAGACUUUUGAAUGAAACAAACCUCAAAGUUUUUGUUUAUAACGGGCAGUAUGACUUCAUGGUGCCCGUUUACGGCACCGCGACCUGGGUCGAAAAUUUGAAAUGGUCAAAAGCUAGUAAUUGGAAGACCACCCAGAGAAUGCCAUUUGUUGUUGACAAUAUCGUUGAAGGGUUUGUUAAAAAACAGAAAAAUCUGCGGAUGUAUUGGAUAAAUCGUUCUGGACAUAUGGUACCGAAGUGUAAUCCAUAUGCAACAACAGCUUUGUUGCAAGAGUUGACAUCUAAUAAUAACAGCGAAAAAACAUUAGACACUUACCGUUUUUUACAAUCGGAGCUCCUCAGAUUUAAUAUUCAUUAAAAAUAGCUUCUAAUUAUUUCUUCAAGUAAUUACUAUAA